AGAAAAUAUUCCCUAAAGGUGGAUCCAUCAGGGGCUGCAUGAAAGGCUUGAAAGCUCUUGGUAGAUACGUUGACUUAAAACGUAUGAACACAACAGGAGUCAGCUACGGAUGUACCUUGGACCUCCUGGUGGCUCGUUCAGUUAAGCUUCAUGGCCAUGGCUUCCUGACUCUGGCACUGAGGAAUGUGCCUUCUCUGCAAGAUUUCUACACUGGUUUCAGCUUCCGCACCAGCCAAAGCCGUGGCUUGAUGUACCACCAUGCUACAGAGGAAGGGACCUGUCAGGUUUCCUUGCAAAAUGGCAGAGUGGCAGUCAAUGUCUUGACAACAGAACUCACAACAAAGAAUGCAUAUGCAGAUGACACAAGCCACUACGUUGCCAUCUACAGCGACUCUUCGGGGAUCCGAGUUUACGUAGAUGACCAGCUUCAGGGAACCAAACCAGGGACUGAUCGCCUCAGGAGGCAGAAGCGACAGGACGAGCCAGCAGUCUUUCAGCUGGGUGGCAUGCCCCAGGCCAGUGAAAUGGGCAACCUCACAGGAUGUAUUGGGAAUGUCUUUGUCAGACGGGCAUAG